AUGGCCAUCCCCCGCUCCUUCGACGAGCUGCGGGCGGUGCGCGGUACACUGGCCCUCUACCACGCCCAGGUCCCGGCCCGGCUGGCCGCCCUGCUGGCGGCGGCCCACAUCUUCUUGCAGACCUUCUUGACCCCGGGCGCGGUGGGCAUCAACAUCCUAGCCGGCUCCCUGUACCACCCUGUUGUUGCCCUGACCUUCAUCACCGCCGUGUCGACCGCGGGGUCGGCCACAAACUAUCUGAUGGUGCGCUGGCAGCUCAAGGACGUCCUGGUCGCCCUCUUUCCUCACCGCAUCCAGACCUUCUCGGCCGAGGUAAAACGCCAUCGAGCACACCUCAUGCACUACGCCCUCUUUCUGCGGGUGACGCCCAUCUUCCCUGCGUGGUUCAUCAACGUGGCCUCCCCCAUCGUCGACAUCCCCUUCAGCGUCUUCAUCAUCGCCACCGCGGUCGGCCACCAGCCGCACAACCUAAUUACCAUCCAGGCAAGGGCGUCCGGGGGAAACAGGACACUUAUGCGUGGGGAGGAUGCGCCGUGCGUGCACUACAAGGCCGGUCGGUCGCUGCAGACGAUGCACAGCCUGCACGACCUGUACAGCCUCCAGAAUGUGGCGCUGCUGCUGGGCAUCGGCCUGCUGGCCCUCUUGCCCCGGUUGAUCAGGAAGCUGCAGGGCAGGAGGGGUCCGCUACUCCCCAUCAGCGACCCGGCAGCCGCCGGCGACGGAGACAAGACUCCAGACCACGAUCAGUAG